AUGGAGUUACAUCCCAAUAUAAAUUUCAAAACAAAGCUUUGUUCGAGUCUUAUUUUAAUUUGGGAGGUUUUUAUUUUGCAUAUCUUUUUAGGAUCUCUUCCGAAAGCUUCGCCUGUUCCACAAUGUGGCCAAAUAGUUGAGACUAUCAUAAGGGGAUAUUGCCCUGAAAUGAUACAUCGUGACACUUGGAAGGCCAUAGCGCCCAAAAAAUCUGUACCAUUUCCAGGACCAUUGAAAUACAUCGUUGUACAUCAUUCCGAUACUCCAGAAUGUUCGGAUUCGAGAUCUUGCAUGAAGAGAGUACGGAGUAUCCAAAAUUAUCACAUGUUUCAAAAAGGUUGGGACGACAUCGGUUAUAACUUUUUAAUUGGUGGCAAUGGUCUAAUUUACAUUGGCCGUGGGUUUAGAUUUCAAGGAGCACAUGUGAAAUAUAAAAAUGACAUAACAAUGGGAAUAUGUAUGAUUGGAAAUUACACGGACAAACUACCAAACAUUCACGCUCUCACGGCAUUGCGUCAAAUGAUAUGUUGUUUGAAAACAAAUGACACAAUUCAAUUGAGAGGGCAUCGAGACCUAGGCGAAACUAAAUGUCCAGGGAACGCUCUUUAUAACCUACUUAAAUAUUGCCCAUUAUACAACGGAACAUCAACUGUUGCUCCUCCCACAUCAACUGCUCCUUCUAGCACUUCCAAUCUUACUUCUACCACACCAACGACACCUUCUAGCACUCCAACUUCUCAGUCCCCUGAAAACACAGCUGGUCGAAUUUAUCCACAUGGAUAUGUUAACGCCUUAUGGAUCGGCGUUUUCCUAACAGCACAUAAGUUCGUCUAA